CUAUUUUCAGGUGAAAUAUUAGCGAUCCAGGAGUACAGGGCGUGUGAGAACUCAUUUCAAUGCACGACAUUCUGUAGCGCCAAAGGCUUUAACGAUCGCGUCUGCAAAACAAUUACCGUCGAUGAGAGCCAAGCCGUCGACGGCACUAAUCUCGUCAACAGACGGGUCUGUCUUUGCAGUGAUACCAAGGAAGGAUAUGGUGGAAAUCCAGCGACAGGUGAAUACUUUCCGUAUUGGUUCAGUCCUGGACACGAGUGUAUCCGCAAUGGAAGCGACAGACAGUGCAAAGAGUACUGCAAACGGAUCCGUAUUUCACCGGAAUAUUGUGAAUGUAGACUAAGUUCUUGUAAAUUCCCGAAAAGAAAUUUAUCGGUUCCGCAGUCACUCCAACAGACCGGCGCUUAA